AUGGCCAGCACAGUAGGAAAGACAAUUACUUGCAAGGCUGCCAUCGCCUGGGAAGCCGGUGCACCUCUGUCCGUUGAGGACAUCGAGGUCGCUCCCCCAAGGCUGGUGAGGUGCGCAUUAAAAUCCACCACACUGGUGUCUGCCAUACCGGAUCCAGAGGGUGCUUUCCCCGUUGUCCUCGGUCACGAGGGUGCCGGUGUCGUCGAGUCCAUCGGCGAGGGCGUGACCUCCGUCAAGGUCGGCGACUACGUCGUCGCUCUCUACACCCCCGAAUGCCGCGAGUGCAAGUUCUGCAAGUCUGGCAAGACUAACCUCUGCGGUAAGAUCCGUGCUACCCAGGGUAAGGGUGUCAUGCCCGAUGGCACCUCCCGCUUCAAGGCCCGCGGUAAGGACCUCCUGCACUUCAUGGGUACCUCCACCUUCUCCCAGUACACCGUCGUUGCCGAUAUCUCGGUCGUCGCUGUCACUCCCAAGAUCCCCACCGAUCGGUCUUGUCUGCUCGGUUGCGGUAUCACCACUGGAUACGGUGCUGCUGUCGUGACCGCCAAGGUCGAGGAGGGCUCUAACGUCGCUGUCUUCGGUGUCGGCUGUGUUGGUUUGUCCGUUGUGCAGGGUGCGGUCAAGAACAAGGCCGGUAAGAUCAUCGCUGUCGAUGUCAACGAUGGCAAAGAGGCCUGGGCCCGCAAGUUCGGCGCUACCGACUUCGUUAACCCCACCAAGCUCCAAGGCAAGACCAUCCAGGAGCACCUCAUUGAGAUGACUGAUGGUGGCUGUGACUACACCUUCGACUGCACUGGUAACGUUGGUGUCAUGCGUGCUGCCCUCGAGGCCUGCCACAAGGGCUGGGGUGAGAGCAUUGUCAUUGGUGUUGCUGCUGCUGGUCAGGAGAUCUCCACUCGGCCAUUCCAACUCGUCACCGGUCGUGUCUGGAAGGGAUGUGCCUUCGGUGGCAUCAAGGGUCGCACACAGCUUCCCGGACUUGUCGACGACUACCUCAACGGCGAGCUCAAGGUGGACGAGUUCAUCACUCACCGCCAGUCGCUGGAUGGUAUUAACAAGGCCUUCGAUCAGAUGAAGGAGGGCGACUGUGUCCGUUGCGUUGUUGACAUGCAAUAG